AUGGAUACCGACAAUAGUGCGUGGGCCACCGAGCCCAUUGCCGUAAUCGGCAUGAGCUGCAAAUUUUCGGGCGGUGCCAGCAACCCAGAAAAGCUCUGGGACCUCAUGGCUUCAGGGAAAACCGGCUGGAGCGAAAUACCAGAAGACCGAUACAACUUAAAGGGGGUCUACCACUCCAACCACGAAAGAAACAGCACGACACAUGUCAAGGGUGGUCACUUUCUUGACGAUGAUGUAGCAGCAUUUGACGCGGCAUUUUUCAAUUACUCGGCGGAGAUGGCCCAGGUGAUGGGAUCACAAACGUCCGUGUUCGCUGGCGUCUUCACGCAUGACUACCAGGAGGGAAUCAUACGAGACGAAGAUAGACUGCCACGAUUCAACGUGGUGGGCACAUGGAGCCCCAUGUCAUCCAAUCGUAUCUCGCAUUUCUAUGACUUCCGUGGCGCCAGUAUGACUCUGGAAACGGGAUGUUCGACGACACUGGUCGCCCUGCACCAAGCGGUACACACCUUACGCAAUCGUGAGGCCGACAUGUCCGUGGUGACCGGAGCCAACGUGAUGCUUAAUCCGGAUACAUUCAAGGCGAUCGGGUCGCUAGGGAUGCUGUCACCCGACGGUAGAUCAUACGCCUUCGAUUCACGCGCCAACGGGUACGGCCGCGGAGAAGGCGUAGCCACCAUCAUCAUCAAGCGACUGUCGGACGCGCUGGCCGCCAACGACCCGAUUAGGGCCGUGAUCCGCGAGACGGCACUGAAUCAGGAUGGCAAGACGGACACCAUCACGACGCCAUCCGGCACCGCCCAGGUAGAGCUCAUGCGAGAAUGCUACCGCCGGGCUGGCCUCGACCCGCGCGGCACUCAAUACUUUGAGGCCCAUGGCACGGGAACUCCAGCCGGUGACCCCAUCGAGGCGGGAGCUAUGACCGCUAUCUUUGGCGGAGGUGAAGGCCGUGACCAUGAGGAGCACUACCUGCGUAUUGGCUCCGUUAAGACCAACGUGGGCCAUACUGAGGCCGCUUCGGGUCUCGCCGCCAUGGUCAAAGGUGUCUUGUGUCUCGAGAAAGGCUUGAUUCCGCCUACAGUAAAUUAUGAAACGCCCAACCCAAAACUCAAGCUCGAUGAGUGGCGUCUGAAAGUGGUGAGGACGAUGGAGCAAUGGCCUGAUAGUCUGAUUGAUGGUCCGCGCCGCAUGUCGAUCAACAACUUUGGCUACGGCGGAGCGAAUGCCCACGUCAUUUUGGAGAACGCAGACCCAUGGACUUCAACAUCAGGUCUGGAUCUAAACCCCGUUAAUGGUAAUGGUAGUCACAGUGUGAAUAGUGAUGGGGGUGUCAAUGGCAACGGCUAUCACACGAGCGAUACGACUGACGACACCAAAGUGCUAAUCCUCAGUGCGCGCGACGAGCAGGGCUGUCAGCAAAUGAUUACAGACCUCAAGGCUUACCUGGAAAGGCACAGAUCGCUUGGACACGAGGCCUCCGCGGAGCUGCUACGUAACCUCAGCUACACGCUGGGCGAGCGCCGGACGCUCUUCCAGUGGGUUGCGGCACACCAAGUGCGUCUCGAGAAGGACGGUACCCUCGACGCCGCCAUAGCAGCCCUUGACUCGCCUCACUUCAAGCCCCGCCGUCGAGCCCCGGAUAGUCCUCGCAUAGGCAUGAUUUUCACCGGUCAGGGCGCGCAAUGGUAUGCCAUGGGCCGUGAGCUACUGAACUCCUACCCUAUCUUUCGCCAGUCUAUCGAGGAAGCUGGGGUGUACCUGCAUGCCCUCGGGGCUGACUGGUCACUCCUUGAGGAGCUACAGCGCGACGCAAAGACGACAAAGGUUCACACCACGAUGAUCAGCAUUCCUGUGUGCGUGGCACUUCAAAUCGCAUUGGUACGCCUCCUUGAAACGUGGGGAAUCACGGCAUCCGCGGUCGCAAGCCAUUCAUCAGGCGAGAUUGCAGCUGCCUUCGCCGUGGGCGCCCUUACGCAUCGUCAGGCUAUCGCGACGGCCUUCUACCGCGCCAUACUCGUAGCAGACGAAACACAGCGCGCACCCGGGGCUGCGAAGGGUGCUAUGGCAGCGGUCGGCUUAGGUUUUGAGGAAGUGCAGUCCUACCUUGAUAGACUAACGAAGGGAAAUGGUAAAGCUGUUGUAGCAUGCGUCAACAGCCCUCAGAGUGUUACCAUCUCUGGGGAUGCUCAUGCCGUUCAAGAGAUCGAGGACUUGUGCAAGCAAGAUGGCGUGUUCGCUCGUCGUCUCAAAGUCCAACAGGCGUACCACUCACAUCAUAUGGAUUCUUUCGCUGAUGCCUACCGGGAAUGCCUUCGAUCUGAAAUGGCCCGGGAUGUGGUGCAAAGUGGCAAGCAGCACCUGCGGACAGCCAAGCAAGGACUCAAGGCGGUGUUUUCGUCGGCAGUCACUGGUGGACGUAUCACCGACCCUCAGCAGAUCGCCAGUCCCGACCACUGGGUCGGUAGUUUGGUGCAGCCGGUCGAGUUUGUCGACGCCUUUACCGAAAUGGUAUUGGGCGAUCCGGACGACCCGACGGGCAGAAGUGUUGAUGUAUUGCUCGAGGUCGGCCCUCAUACUGCGCUGGGGGGCCCCAUCCGCGAGAUCUUAUCCCUGCCCGAGUUUGAGGGCAUCGAGCUGCCCUACUGGGGCUGUCUAGUUCGCGACGAACAUGCGGGUGACAGUAUGCGAUCGGCCGCCAUCAACCUAUUCCGUGAAGGGCAGGCCCUCGUCAUGAACCAAGUCAACUUCCCGGUGCCUGCGUAUGACGACGCCGGCCCCCAAGUCUUAACGGACUUGCCAUCGUAUCCCUGGAAUCACAGUAUGCGGCACUGGCAGGAGUCAAGGGUCAACCGGGCCAUUCGCGAACGCAGUCAGCCACCUCAUGAAUUACUCGGCAUGCCCGUCGCCGGCAACGACCCCAGCACAGCCGUGUGGCGCCGUAUAUUGCGCGUUACCGAAACCCCAUGGGUCCGCGAUCAUGUGGUGCAAGGCAGUAUUGUGUACCCAGGCUCGGGCUACAUUUGUCUUGCAAUUGAGGCCGUUAGGCAAUUGGAGAAGGCCGGUGCCGCCGACAAAGACAAGUCUGGCAGACGAAUUUCAGGAUUCCGCCUUCGCGACGUCAACUUCCUUUUUGCUCUUGUUAUCCCGGACAGCGCGGAAGGCGUUGAGAUCCGAACUAUGCUUCAAUCUGUCCCUGAGCGGGAAGUUGGCGCCCGCGGCUGGUGGCGCUUUGAGGUAUCGUCAGUGACACUGGAAAACCGGUGGACGCUGCAUGCUAGGGGCAUGAUCACAGUGGAACGGGCGCCGGCUGCCUUUGAGACGGUAGAGCGCCGCCCGUUGUCUACUUACACCCGCCAGCCGGAUCCCCAGGACUUAUUCGCCAACCUUAGGGCACGCAGCGUCUAUCAUGGCCCGCUAUUCCAGAACACGACAAGGAUCGUCCAGGAUGGCCGGGAACCGCGAUCCCUAUGUGAUAUCACGAUCCGUCACGAAGCUUCAUCCGAUACAGACCCGGUGGUGGCGGCACAGAACACCUUGCUGCACCCGAUCACGCUCGAUGCUGUCGUCGUAGCGUUCUACUCUGUACUACCUAGUGUAGGAGCUCUGCAGGAAGACCCUAAGCUACCGCGGUCUGUCGCAUCUAUGUGGAUAUCGAGCGACAUCAGCCACGAAAUUGGCCACACGCUGCGCUGCGACACUUUACUGCUGCACGACGACGCUCAAAGCGGGAUGGCUAACAUCACGGUUUUCGACGGCCAGACGGACGCCACGGUGCUUAAGAUCCAGGGCGUUGAAUUAGCGUCUCUGGGGCGUGGCAGUGGAGCCACGGCGCGCCAGGAUGUGGCAAACAAGAGCGGUUCUGCCAUCACCAGCAAGUGGGAGCAAGAAGUGUGCAGCAAGCUCGUGUGGGGACCCGAUCUGUCGCUUCGAAACCCGCUGGCUUUCGCACAGAUCAAAAAGGAGUUAGUUCACACUGACUCCGAUGCCCAAGCCGACAUUGUCAGAAAUCUACCGCGCUUGUGCAUUUAUUUUGCCCAUGAUGCGCUACGAGCGCUCGCCCCAAAGGAUGUAGCCCAACUGCUGGAACAGCCACACUUGGCUAGGUACUACGCAUGGUUACAUGAGCUGACCGACAAAGCCUCCAAGGAAUUGGCUCUGGACGAAUCUGGAGAGCGUCAACAAUACAUAGCCGCUACGGCCUCUCAAAGCGUCGAUGGGGAGUUGGUGUGCCGCCUUGGGCCCCUUCUCCCAUCCAUCCUGCGUGGUGAGCUCAAUUUGGAAGAAGUGAGUGGCCUACUGAAUGAGUACCACGCCAAUGCGAUACGCCAGUCAACAGCACUUAGACAGCUCUCCACACUGCUGCGCAAGAUUGCACACAAGAAUCCAGGCGCUCGCGUCCUCCAAAUUGGUACCGGUUUCGGCGCCUGCGCGACACGUCGCAUACUGGAGACGCUUAGCACGCCCAAGACGCCCUUGGUGGCGAGCUGGCACAUUACCGAGCCAAAUUUGGAGUCCUUGGAGGAUACCCGUGCCCAACUGGCCGAGUGGACCAAUUUGCUCGAAUUCGACCAACUUAACAUCGAGCAGAGCCCAGCCAAGCAGAAGUUUACUGCAGAGAGCUACGACAUCGUUGUGGCUUUCCAAGCUCUACGUACCACCAAAGACACAACCAGUGCCCUUGCCAAUGUGCGCAGCCUGCUCAAGCCAAGCGGCACGUUGCUCUUUGUGGAGACGACCAAGUCUCAAGUGGAUGUGGACUUCAUCUUCGGUCUGCUGCCGCGCUGGUGGCAAGGCAAAGAACUGGAUCGCACAACUCUUACGGCGGCCUCCUGGGAUAGCGUUCUUCGGGAUGCUGGGCUUAGUGGUGUCGAUCUUGAGAUUCGUGACUCGGAGAGCGACCUUAUCCAUAACAACAGUAUCAUCAUGUCCACGGUGCCUCUCGUCGAGGACGAAAAUUUUGACCUGAGCAAGGCUAAUCAUCCAGAGAGCUUUGUCGUGGUUACCAGCAGCAAGACACCUCCACCUUCGGGCUUUGUCAAUCUACUAUCCCGGCGCAUUCAGGCUUUGACCGGCCCUGAGACUCCCGUCCCUGACCACUUGGUGCUCGAGCAGAGCAGCUCCGACACUUAUGAGGCAAAGAUCUGUGUUUUUGUGGGCGAGAUUGACGAACCCAUUCUGGCGGAUCUCGACGCAUCGCAGAUGGAAGGCCUCCGCGCCAUGGUCACUCAAUGCAGCGGCCUGCUAUGGGUCACGACCGGUGGUACCGCCGACAGCGAGGCACCCGAACGGGCUGUACACCAAGGCUUCCUGCGUGUGCUACGCAACGAAUACAUCGGCCGCCGCUUUAUGUCUCUGGACCUCGACCCGACACGGGCAGCCGAGAGAUGGUCCUUGGGCGGAGAGGUCAUUGUCUCGGCUAUCGUGCAGGUGCUCGAGGAGGGAUUCGGCGGUGCUGACAUUGAGGCUGGUCCGGCUGAUUUCGAAUACGCCGAGCGUGAAGGUGUCCUGCAGGUUCCCCGGUACUACAAAGACGAACAAUACAAUAAUAUGGACGAGAAGGGAAGAAUCGAGGCCAUUGCCGGCAUUCCCCUAGAGCCCCUAUUCCAGGACGAACGGCCACUGCAGUUGGAAGUGGGAAUCCCGGGACACUUGGACACAUUGGCUUUCACCCACGAUAAAGAAAACUAUGAGGCGCUGACACCGGAGCUCGUUGAAAUUACCCCUCGGGCCUACGGAGUUUGCUCCCGCGAUGUCAUGGCCGCUAUGGGCCAACUCAAGGAUCGUUCCAUGGGCCUCGAAUGCGCAGGUAUCGUCACGCGCGUCGGCGCUGAGGCUCAGACAAAAGGCUACAGUGUCGGCGACCGUGUCAUGGCGCUUUCGACCGGCACAUCUUUCGCCAGCCGUGCCUUUGUCCCGUGGCAUGGCGUUAUCCAGAUGCCGAGUGGCAUGGACUUUGUGAACGCCGCGUCGUUACCCUUGGCUUAUACUGUUGCGUACAUCGGCCUCGUCGACAAGGCAAGUCUAGUGGCUGGGCAGUCGGUGCUCAUCCACGCGGCGGCUGGGGCCAUUGGGCAGGCCGCCAUCAUGCUGGCCAAGCACCUCGGCGUUACGGAAAUCUACGCCACGGUCGGGUCGCAUGAGAAGAAAGACCUACUCCAGCGCGAGUAUAGUAUACCUGCCGAGCGUAUCUUCACUAGCCGCGACGUAUCUUUCGCUCCAGCUGUUCUGGCCGCCACGAAAGGACGCGGCGUCGACGUCGUACUCAACUCGCUGUCUGGUCCGCUCCUACAGGCAAGCCUCAGCGCAAUCGCGCCUCUGGGCUAUCUGGUUGAAAUAGGCAAGAAAGACAUCGAGAGCAACAGCUUAGUGGCGCUGGAGUCCUUCUCUCGCGGCAUCUCGUUCACAUCCUUGGAUGUCCCGACGCUCUUGCGCCGCUGCGGACCCAAUGUCCACCACGCGCUGAGUGAGAUUACCCGCCUAAUGGAACAGCAGGUGGUGAAGGCAGUCCACCCCCUCGCUGUUUACCGUUCGCAGGAUGCCCAAGCGGCAUUCCGUUUCGUGCAGACGGGCGCACAGAUGGGUAAGGUUGUGCUCUCGGCUGAAACAGACGAACAGGUUCACGUGGUUCCUCGGCCGAAAGGGAUCACAGCUCAAUCUCAAAUGCGACCCGAUGCAUCAUACCUCAUCGUAGGUGGUGUGGGCGGGAUCGGACGUUCAGUCGCUCACUGGCUGGUAGCUCACGGUGCGACGAACCUGAUCUUACUCUCUCGUAGCGCCGGUGAUCUUGACCUCAAUGAGAACAAGAACACUGACGGCGCCCUAUUCAUCCGCGAACUGCGCGAGGCGGGCUGUCGAGUGAAGCCUAUUAGCUGCGACAUUGCCCUCGCCAGCUCACUGACCAUGGCUCUCCGGGUGUGCGAAGACGACGGUCUCCCGCCAGUGCGCGGCCUCAUCCAGGGAGCUAUGUUGCUGCGCGACGCUAUCUUUGAGCAGAUGACACUCGACGACUGGCGCGGCGGCUUACGACCUAAGUUGUAUGGCACCUGGAACCUGCAUACCGAGUUCUCGCAACCAGGCUCACUCGACUUCUUCGUUAUGCUAUCAUCCGUCUCAGGCGUUGUAGGCAUCGCAUCUCAAACCAACUACGCCGCUGGCGGCUCCUAUGAAGACGCUAUUGCUCGCUGGCGCCAAUCACGAGGUCUGCCCGGCGUAGCGAUCGACCUUGGCCCCAUUGCCGACAUAGGCUACGUGUCAACCUCGGCCAAAGUCGCUGAGCGCCUGCGUAAGGAUGGUGACUUUGCCAUGCUCGACGAAGACAUAGUACUCCGUGCCCUCAACUCCGCCAUCCUGCACCCUCUCGGGGCCCGCUCCCAGAUCAUCGUCGGCCUCAACUCUGCCCCGGGCCCGCAGUGGGAUGCCAACGGCCGCUCGCAGCUGGGCCGUGACGCGCGCUUUGCCACUCUGCGACCACGCAGCAAAGCCUCAGCACGACCGGCUGAUGGCAAGAACACCAGCGCCUCGCUCGGCGCGCAGCUCGCGGAGGCGAGUGACUGCCAAGAAGGAGCGGCGCUCAUCGGCACAGCUAUUGCGGCUAAGUUGGGGGAGAUCUUCAUGACUCCCGUUGCGGAGAUCGAUCUCGGCAAGCCCCCGGCACACUUUGGGGUCGACUCGCUGGUUGCGGUGGAGUUGAGGAACAUGCUCGUCCUGCAGGCUGCGGCGGAUAUUUCAAUCUUUAAUAUCUUGCAGUCGGCAAGCCUUUUUGCGCUAGCGGGGUUGGUGGCGGAGAAGAGCAGACAUCUGCAAGUUGUCUAG